AAUGGCCGAGCUUGGUGAAGCAGACGAAGCGGAGUUACAGCGCCUGGUGGCCGCGGAGCAGCAGAAGGGGCAGUUCACUGCGCAGGCGCAUCACUUCAUGGAACUAUGUUGGGAUAAGUGUGUGGAGAAGCCAGGAUAUCGGCUAGACUCCCGCACUGAAAACUCUCUCUCUAGCUGUGUGGACUGCUUCAUUGACACCACUCUUGCUAUCACCGGUCGGUUUGCCCAGAUCGUACAGAAAGGAGGGCAGUAGCCCAUACCUCAGGAAUGACAGAA